UUACGCCACCGUAUAAAUUAUUUUAUGGCUUUCCCUCUCUCUCUUCUCUAUAAUUCGAUUGUCGGAAACAGAGAGAGAAAACUGGAAAUUCCAAUACACAGAAACCUUCCGAGCUCUUCAACAAUGGCGGAUUCUAGGGUUUCAAGGGGUUUAAGGUGAUACGUAUUCGUAAUUUCUCGAUGGAAAUGCCUGGAAGGAGGUCAGAUUACUCGCUUUUAAGUCAAAUUCCAGACGAGGAGGUUGGAACGGGAGCUUCCACUUCGUUUUACGAGUCCAUAGCAGCUGGCGGAAACGUUAAGAAGGGAAGAACCGAUAGGGUUUUUGAUUGGGAUGGGAGUGGUGAUCACAGGUUAAAUACGCAGACGAAUCGGAUAGGGAACCUGUAUUCAUGGGUUGGUUUGCAGAGGCAUUCUAGUGGAAGCAGCUACGAUGAUAGCUCCCUCUCCAGUGAUUACUACGCACCGACGCUCUCAAACGCUGCAGCAAAUGAGAUCAAUGCAUUGGGAUAUAUCCACGACGAUGAAUUCAGAGUGAAAGCUGUGGGAAGUGGAGGUUCGUCAGGAAAGAGCUGGGCGCAGAAGACGGAAGAGAGUUAUCAGUUGCAGCAGGCCUUAGCUCUCAGGCUUUCUUCAGAGGCUACUUGUGCCGAUGAUCCCAACUUUAUGGAUCCGAUGCCAGACGUGGCAGCUUUAAGAUCCUUGUCGAGUUCAGCCGAGGCCAUCUCGCAUCGAUUCUGGGUAAAUGGAUGCAUGUCAUAUUUUGAGAAAGUGCCAGAUGGUUUUUAUCUAAUUCAUGGGAUGGACCCGUAUGUAUGGUCAUUAUGCACCAAUCUGCAAGAGGAUGGCCGUAUACCAUCAUUUGAAUCUCUAAAGACAGUUGAUUCCAACAUUGGUUCAUCCAUUGAAGUAGUUUUGAUGGAUCGGCAUAGUGAUUCUAGCUUAAAAGAACUGCGAAACAGGGUGCAUAAUAUUUCUUCUAGUUGUAUAACCACAAAAGAGGUUGCGGAUCAUUUAGCAAAGCUGGUAUGCAAUCACUUGGGGGGUUCAGUUUCUGAGGGAGAAGAUGACUUGGUUUCUUCCUGGAGGGAAUGCAGCAAUGACUUAAAGGAAUGUUUAGGAUCUGCUGUGAUUCCCUUAUGCAGCCUAUCUGUUGGCCUUUGCAGACAUCGUGCUCUUUUGUUCAAAGUGUUAGCUGAUUCAAUUGAUUUGCCCUGUCGAAUUGCCAGGGGCUGUAAAUAUUGCACUAGAGAUGAUGCUUCAUCCUGCCUUGUUAGGUUCGGGCUUGAUAGGGAAUAUCUCAUUGAUCUGAUUGGGAAGCCAGGUUGCUUAUGCGAACCUGAUUCUUUGCUCAAUGGUCCAUCAUCCAUCUCAAUUUCUUCACCAUUGCGAUUUCCAAGACUAAAACCUAUUGAAUCUACCAUUGAUUUCAGGUCACUGGCCAAACAGUAUUUCUUGGAUAGCCAAUCACUUAAUAUCGUAUUUGAUGAAGCUUCUUCAGGGAAUGUUGUAUCUGGGAAGGAUGCUGCGUUUUCUGUCUAUCAAAGACCAUUAAAUAGGAAAGAUGGAGAUGGAAAGAACAUAGUGCUUACUGGCGACAGGGACAUAAAUUAUCAGUUAUUAAAUAAAAAAGCUGUCCAACUGAAUGCUCAAGAUGGAAAUUCUGAGCAAUUUAGAUCAUGUGUUACUUCUCAAUAUGGUGUACAGUCGACCCCUUUUGUAGAAAACAUAGCCCCUCUAAACCACAUCUCGCAGAUUGGUUCCAAAGAUUCUGAGCGUCUCCUGGGAUUGUCUCAUCUAAGGGUGGAUCAUGCUAACAAUUUAUCAUUUCUUGAUGGUGGUCAACUGAUUAGAAAACCAAAUGAGCUUUCCCUUGGCAUGGAAGAUUUGGUUAUUCCAUGGGCAGAUCUUGUUUUGAGGGAGAAAAUUGGAGCAGGUUCUUUUGGGACUGUAUAUCAUGCUGAUUGGAAUGGCUCAGAUGUUGCUGUGAAGAUUCUGAUGGAACAAGACCUACAUGCAGAACGUUUUGAUGAAUUUCUUAGGGAGGUUGCCAUAAUGAAAUGUCUACGACAUCCGAACAUUGUUCUCUUUAUGGGUGCAGUCACAGAGCCUCCAAACUUGUCCAUUGUCACGGAAUACUUAUCAAGGGGUAGUUUGCACAGGCUUUUGCAUAGACCUGGGGCACGUGAAGUCUUAGAUGAAAGACGACGGUUAAACAUGGCAUAUGAUGUUGCAAAGGGAAUGAAUUAUCUUCACAAACGUAACCCCCCAAUUGUUCAUCGUGAUUUGAAAUCUCCAAAUCUUUUGGUUGAUAAGAAGUACACAGUAAAGGUUUGUGAUUUUGGGCUUUCACGCUUGAAGGCACACACAUUUCUUUCGUCAAAAUCAGCUGCUGGGACUCCUGAGUGGAUGGCACCAGAAGUUCUCCGCGAUGAGCCAUCAAAUGAGAAAUCGGAUGUUUAUAGCUUUGGUGUGAUACUGUGGGAGCUUGCUACAUUGCAGCAACCAUGGGGCAACUUGAACCCAGCGCAGGUUGUGGCAGCCGUGGGUUUCAAAGGCAAAAGGCUUGAGAUCCCACGUGAUUUAAAUCCUCAAGUUGCUACUAUUAUAGAGGCUUGUUUUGCCAGUGAGCCCUGCAAACGUCCUUCCUUUUAUGAAAUAAUGGAAUCGUUGAAGCCACUGAUCAAACCUGCUAUGCCUCAUCAAGUUCGCUCAAACAUGUCAUUAGUUACUCAAUGAGGGGACCCAAGGGACGUCUCAGUUUUGUUCAUGUGAAAACAGAGUUUUCAAAAGGUUUGUCUGGCAGAUUAAGAUGCUGUUCAGAUAGAUUCAGCUGUGUGUUCAGUAAGAUUCAUUCAUGUAUAUUAAUUUCUUCGCUGAAAGUGCCUCCAUUUUUUAGGCAAACGAAGGAACUGCCUUCAGUUUUGUUGACGCACAUGUUCUCUCUUUACCACAAAAAUAUACGUACACCCUCUCCAGCUGCACAAUGUGUCAAUGUCAACCCCCAGCGUUGUGCUGUUUUAUGUAUGAUUUUACCGUGGCCGCUGAGUCAAUCAAAGACGGCCCACUCUAUCCACAGUUCUAACUUUUCUCUUGUACAAACAAAUAUAAGUGCAACAUUCCAUUGCAGGCAAUUCAAUAGAGAGCUACAAAUCCCUUGAAGAGCCUCAUGGCACUAUGGAGUGACAAAAGCCGCUCCUAAUUUUUUAGCAGUCACAUUAGGUUCGAAAGCUAGAAGUGUUAAUAUUGUACAAUGAUGUAACUUCCAACAGAUCAUUUGCACCAUUGUUUUUUGUAUAUCCAUUUUACAAGUAUUCUGUUAUGUUCUGUAUACAUAGGGAAAAUGUGGUUACUUUUGACGUCUUCUAGCGACUGGGUCAGAUCAAGCGCUUAGCUUUACCAUAACAUUUGAUUAUAGGGUCAAAGUUGUGGGCAGACAGAUUUGGUCAGUGCAAAUUGUACAUCUUAUUCUCUUCGAUUC